AUGGAGAACCCUGGGUGGAUGAGGCUGCAGCUGCCAGCACCUGGACAGGGCAGUGCAAGGGAGAGCAGGAGCCAAGUUCAGCCCCAGACAGGUCUGGAGAUGGACAGCGAGGGGAUGCAGGUGCCUGGCAGAGGACGGGAGCUGCCCACGUCUGGCCUGGAGAGCUGCAGGAGGCUGCCAGCCUCUCACCCCAUGGGGCUCCCCAUUGGCAUCCAGUGGAUCCAGCAGUACUCCCUGAGCAAGUACCAGCACAUCAGGGACACAGAGGGAGAUCAGGGGAUGGCUACAGUCAUGAAGGAUUUGGCAGAUGGCAAAGAGCACUUAACCUCUGACAGCACCUUCCUGGUCUUCAUGUCCCACGGGGUUGGGGCUGGGCUCUGUGGGACCAAGAGAACAAGCAAGAUCACAAACAUCCUUACCCUCAAUACCAUCUAUGAGAAAUUCAACAAGCACUGCCAGGCAAACCCAAAGAGGUCAUUAUCCAUCCAGUCCUGCUGUGGAGGACUGAAAGAUGAUGCAACCUGUGAGGUCCAUCUGGAGAGUGAUUUUGCCACUUUUAAGUCCCUCCACAUCUGGCCACUGGCUGUGCCCUCCAUCCAGUGCUUGGGCACCACUUGGGCCCAGUACUUGGGCACCACUCCAGCACAGCCUCUGGAGAAGGCAGUGUCCUCUGAUGCCAGGGCACAAGGCUAUACUGUCUCCAGGAGAAAGCAAGCCACAGCCUCCCUUUUCAUAAACCACACCUAUAACAGCAACCUACAGGAGCACUUCCAACAGGUCCAGUAUUCAUUUGGUAAAUUCCCUUGGCAGUUACUAUCACAAGAACAGACUACAGUGUUCAAGAAGCUCUACCUCUUCCCAGGCCACUGAUCUCCUGCCCACUACUAGUCCCUUCUCUUCCCACCUCUACAGCAGCUUUCUGUCUGUGCCCCAAACCCAGCACCCAGCCUGUGAGGAAGAGCAGGGAGAAAUUCCCCACCACUCCUGGGCUCCUCAAUCUAUUGUUCUUCACAGGUGAAAAAACAAUACAUGGACAGAACAAACGUGACAGAUGCUCACCUGUCACCCCCUGAGCCACUUCCACCCCUUCUCUGCCUU